CAGUUUUCAGCAGAACAUCAAGAGAAGAGCAACUAGUUACUGAGGAAGGAGAUAGACAAACUGCUGGAGGAAAAUAAUUCAUCUGACAGCAAAGAUGCAGUGGAGUCUGAUUCUGCUCUUCCUGAUGGCUCAGUGUUGCUUCAUUGACUGUCAGCUCUAUCAGUUUCACUACAUUAAAGAGAAUAAAAACUGGACUGAAGCUCAGCAGUACUGCAGAGAGAAACACACUGACCUGGCCACAGUGACUAACAUGAAGGACAUGAAGAGACUCAUCAACAUCUCAGCUGGAGAUCAGAGUGAAGCUUGGAUUGGUCUGAUCAGUAAACCAGAAUUUACCAGAACGUGGUUCUGGUCUCUGCCUGGAGUGGAGUUCAAUGAAAGUGAGACAAACUGGAACAAUAAUGAACCAACUGAUAGAGGAAAUCAAGGAUCUGAGAACUGUGUGGCUAUGUAUCAAGAUCUCACAUGGCUAGAUGACUUGUGCCAGAGGCCUGAAUAUUUCCUCUGCUAUGAUGAAACUAAUAAAACCCAUAAAUAUCACCUGAUUAAAGAGGAGAAGACCUGGCAGAAAGCUCAGAGUUACUGCAGAGAGAAACACACAGACCUGAUCAGUGGAACGAAGCAACUACAGGAUGAAGAAGUGAAGAAAUUGAUGGACUCUGAGUUCAAACACCUAUACAUUGGUCUGUUCAGAGACACCUGGAGGUGGUCAGAUGGAAACAGUUCCUCCUUCAGACACUGGAAUCUACAGUUUAACAAUCCAGAAUCCAACAGUGGUCAAUGUGCCAUGACUGUGUUUGAUGAUGGAGGCAGAUGGAAGAAUAUGAACUGUGAUGAAAGAAAACCCUUCAUCUGUUAUGAUGAUAAAGUGAUCCUGAUCAAAGAAAAUAAAACCUGGGAGGAGGCCUUGACCUACUGCAGAGUGAACCACCAUGACCUGGUCACCAUCACCAACAUGGAUGAUCGGAGAUGGAUCCAGGAGAAAGUCAAGAACGCAUCGACUCCUUUUGUCUGGAUUGGACUGCGUUUCAACUGCAGUAUGAAUGUUUGGUUCUGGGUCUGUAAUAACUGGGCCUGGGAUGAACAGAAUGACUGUAACAUGUUUGGAGUCAUGGAGGCAGGAGGAGAGUAUCGGUGGUUCCAAAGAAACGGCAGCGAGAGAUUUAACUUCAUCUGUUCUUAACUCUCUUCUCUUACUAUCAGCUUUUUUCCCCCUUUGUGCUUCUUUUCAUAAAGUUGCUGGUUUAUACAAAUGUUUAAAAAUGUAGCGCUUUAAUUUUGGCAAGAAAUUACACAUAAUACAGAAUAUUAAAAAUGGCUUUAGGCUUUAAACAUUUUUUUGUGAAAUAUUUUUUAAAUCAAUUUUUUUAGAUUUCCUUUUCUUUAUGAUGUUUCUUGUGUGAAUGGAUUUUUUUUUUCUGGCAAAAUAUGCAGUAGUUGUGAAUGUUUGCUCAUCCCUGAUGAAAUGUUGCUUUGACAUUAAAGAAAGAAAAAAAAAACACUUAAUAAAUCUUGAAAAAAACCCGCAAGACUUUGGUAUUAAGUCUUACACCUGUCAGUUAUCUUGUCAGACAUUUUUGCAUUUCUAUUAUUUAAUUGAACCAAUGGUUUACAGUUUUGGUGAGUCGGACCUUCUUUUCAACAGACUCGAUACCUGAAGCGCAAAACACUUACUAAUACACACACACACACACAUGCGCACACACACACACAAAACAAGUUGCAGGUGUAACUUUAAAGCUCUGACAGCUUUAAACUCUUACAGAAAAUAAAUAAAUUAAAAAAAACAACUUUUUACACUUUAUAGCCCAACAUUUUUUCUUCUUGAUAGAUAGCAAGCUUUUGUGAGUGUCUCAGUCUUUUAAGCUAUUCGGGAUAUUUAAUGGGUUUUGUGCUCUCAAAUAAAAAUAUUUUAAACAAAA